AUUAAUUUUAAAAAAAUUCAACAAAAGCUGCUAUAUUUACCAUAAUAACCUUCAUGUGAACUGGAUAGUCAACAGAAAUAUAAAUAAGGCUGUUGUCACCGCGAAGUAACGCAACUUGUUAACUCACCUUAGAGGAGUCUACAAGUUAUCUCUAUUUAGUUCGAAGAAUUGUUUAAAUUCAAACAUUUUAUUAGGCCAUUAAUAUUGGAACAAUUAACCAGACUAGCACAUGAAAUUUGAAACAAAGAUGGCAACAAAGGACUAGUACAAGAUCUGUUGAAAUAUUAUAUUUACUGUUGUAUAACUGAUGACUACAGAAGAUGAUUUUGGUUGUAUAAGUGUUGAAAAAAUUCCAGAGGAAGUUUUUAAAACAUUAUCAAACAAUUUACCUUAUGAUUGGAAAAAAUUUUGUCGUCAUCUUUCAGUAAGAGAUGAAUCUAUAGAUCAAGUAAUUGAAGAAUUUUCUUUUGUAAAAGAACAAACAUACCAACUGAUAAAUAUAUGGCGUAAAGAAAAUCCGUCAAAAACAUGGCAGGAUAUUAAAGCCGCAUUACUCUGUUGCAAAAGAAUUGAUUUAAUUAAAGAAUGUCAACGAAAAAUAAUAUCCAGACACUCAAAAUUUGGAGUUCAGCUACCCGUAAACACUUUUUUUUCGCGAGAAAAAGAAUUACUUCUUAUUCACCAGCAUUUAUUUGAAAUGGAAACACCUAGAAAAGGUGUAGUAUUAUACGGAAUGUCAGGUGUUGGAAAAUCGCAAAUAACCAAAAAGUAUUGUUUGCAGUUUGAUAAGUUUUACGAUUAUAUGUUGUGGAUUGAUGCAGCUUUUUGUAAAAUAAAAAACUCGAUGAUUAGCCUUGCUGAGCAAUUAGGGCUAAAGAUAGAAGAAAGCGAUGAAGAGACAUUUAGUAUUGACGUUGUCAUAAAAAAAAUUCAUAACUAUUUCAGAGGAGAAAAAACAUUAUACAUUUUUGAUAACGUAGACGAUGAAAGUAUUAAAGGUUUUGAAAAAUACAUUUCAAACGAGCUAAAUUCAUUUACAUUGAUAAAUUCGCAAUGGACAAAUUGGUCUUCUAACUUUCAACAAAUUCCAAUUAUACCUUUUUCUAAGGAUGAUGCUUUCUUAUUUAUGAAAAAUCGUAUUCAAUCAAAUGAUGAUGAAAACUUAAAAGAAAUCGUAAAAGAACUAAGAUAUCAUCCACUUUCUAUAAACCAAGCAACUGUAUAUAUUAUCAAAAAUCGUAUAUCUGCUGAAAAAUAUUUAGAUCUAUUUUGGUUAUACCCCGUUGAAGUUCUUGAAAACAGUCUUCAAACCGAAGUUGAACAUAAAUCAGCCAUACAGUCGAUAAGUAUGAUUUUAUAUAAAUUAGAAAGAUUUCAUGAAACAUCAUUAAAAUUGUUAACCUGUUUAUCACAUUGUGAUGGCAAAAAAAUUGCAAACACAUUUAUUAAAAGAGUUUCUGAACAAUUAAAAAUCAAUGAAGAAUAUCAAAUAAAUGAUGCAAUAUCACUUCUUGUAAGCUAUUCAUUACUUGAUUGGUACGACAAUAUAAGUGAUAACCUAACAAUGCAUGAUAUAACCCAAAUAACGUGUAAAUAUUACCAAGAGAAAAAAAAAAUCACAGAAACAUAUAAAGGAUGCAUAAUAAGUUGUUUUAAACAGCAGUUAAAAGAUGCCAAUGAUUGUGUUGGUUAUGGGAAAGAUUUCAUCCAACAUUUUUUGUUUAUGUUUCGUACUAGUAAGCAACAAAUGUGCAAGGAGUUCUGCCAAACAACUAAAAGUAUAAGACGCUUCUUAUGUACCAAAUGUCUUUUUCAAGAUGCUAUUAAUAUUUUAAAUGACAUUCAAGAAUAUAAUAAAAGAACGUUUGGAGAACACAAUCUGCUUACUCUAAGUGCAAAACACAUUUACGCAAAUUGUUUGAGUACGUUAGGAAAUUACAAUGAAGCUCUACAAAUUUAUUAUCAGGUUUAUAAAUUAAAAACUGAAACUUUAAUAACAAAUCACCCGUCGUUACUAUCAACAAAAGAAAAUAUAGCAAUCUGUUUAACCAAAUUAGGAAAGUAUGAUGAAGCGUUAGAAAUUUAUUAUUACGUUGAGAAAUUGAGAAUUGAAACACUAGGUGUGAAUCAUGGAUUAACACUGCAAACACAACAUAAUAUUGGAACUUGUUUAAAUGAAAUAGGUAAAUAUGAUAUAGCUCUUGAAAUUUUAAAGCAUGUUGAUGAUAUACAAAAUAAAACUUUAGGGAUCUCUCAUCCACGAACAUUGAUUACAAAACAUAGUGUGGGAAUGUGUUUGCAUAAAAUGGGUAAAUAUAAAGAAGCUCUAGAAAUAUACAACGAUGUUGAAAAAAACCAAACUAAUUCGUUAGGUGAAAAACAUACAUCACUAUUAGACACGAAACACAAUAUUUCGCUGUGCCUAUACAAACUGGCAAACUAUCAAGAGGCUUUAGAAAUUUUUUACCAAGUUGAAAAAAAAAAAAAAGAUAUUUUACCAAUAAAUCAUCCAUCGUUGUUAGGCACAAAAUAUAGUAUUGCGCGAUGUUUACUUAGGAUGGAAAAAUACAGCGAAGCCCUAGAAGUAUUAUAUUGUGUGGAGAAUGCAUAUUCUGAAUCUGAACCUUUAAAAAUAAAUCAUCCAUCUUUAUUUGUUAUAAAACAUAAUAUUGCACUUUGUAUGUAUAAACUGAAACGGUAUACCGAAGCCGUAGAAAUUUAUUUUUAUGUUGAAAAAAUACAGACAAAUACAUUAGGAAUUGAUGAUUCAAGAUUAUUAGAUACAAAAUAUAAAAUUGCACACUGCUUGCAAAUGACGGGAAAGUACGACGAAGCAUUACGAAGAUAUUUUCAAAUAAAGGAACAAAAAACUAAAAGUUUACAAACUGAUUCUCAAUUAAAAUGGCUGAUAGAACAUAACAUUGCGACCUGUUAUAAAGAAGUUGGCAGGUUUGCAAAGCUCUAGAAAUUUUUAGUUAUGUUGAAGAAAUACAAAAUAAAGAUUUAGGAUGCAAUCAUGCCUCAAUAUUAACUACGAAACAUAAUAUUGCAUUUUGUCUGCACAAUAUGAAAAAGUACAAUGAAGCGCUAGAAAUAUAUUAUAAUGUUGAGAAAAUGAAAACUGAUGUUUUCGAAAGAAACAAUCCUUCACUAUUAGAAACAAAAUAUAAUAUUGCAUACUGCUUACAAAAAAUAGGAAGAGUCAAUAAUGCGCUAGAAAUUUACUAUUAUAUUGAGAAAACUCAAAUUGGUAUGUUGGGAGUUAAUAAUCAAUUUUUGUUAAAUGCAAAAAAAAAUAUCGCAUUAUGCUUGAAAAAACUAGGGAAGCUUGACGAAGCUUUAGAAGAAUAUUAUAAUGUGGAGAAAAUACAAAAAGAAAUUUUUCAAACCAAUCAUCCGUCUUUAAUAGAUACUAAUUAUAAUAUUGCACAGUGUUUGUAUAAAAUGAAAGAAUACAACAAAGCUAUUGAAAUUUUUCUCGAAGUACAGAGAUUAAAAUAAGUAACUUUAGGGCCAAACCAUCCAUCAAUAUUAAUUACAGCAAGAAAGAUUGCUCUUUGUCAAAGCAAAGCAAAAAAGCAAAAACAAUGUUGGCUGCUAUAGAACUCUAAAAAAAAAAAAUAAUAAAACAAAACGUUGUUUUUUUCUUUUUUAAACUUAUUCUUAAACAAUAAUUCACCAAGAAUUAUUGUUUAAGAUAUUUAUUUGUAAUCUUUUUAAUUUACAGAAUUAUCACAUUCAGAGUUAUCAUA